AUGUCGUCUCGAGGUGACCGUGGGCAGACUCAGAUGGAGGCUGAUCUGAUGGACCUCGAAGCGUUUGGGCCCCCGACCCCGUCGAAAGGUGGCAGUGGUCUCAGUGCAACGCCGCGCAAGGGGAAGCAGCGCGGGCCGCGCAUGGUCUGCGGGUUGCUGAAACCCGACAUGCCCUCGAACAGCAAGCUCUGCUGGGAUGACAAGAGGACGUUCGACGCGACGAUGAAGCAAACCAAGGGCCAGGACAAGAAGAACGGCAACGCCGAGGGCCAGGACAGGCUCAACAAGAUGAAGGACGAGGCUGGCGAUCCCCCCAGCGAUUUCAGCAACGCAGUCGUCGACUUCGCCACUCAGAGCCCAGCGACGGGGAGAGGCGCUAAGCGCUCCGCGGUUGACAUGAUGCAGUUGUUGAGCAAAUACUCCGCCAAGACGCAGCUGCGCCAAGAGACCAAGAAGGUCAAGAUGCACAAAGCCCGAUGGAUGAAGUUGGCGACCGAGCAGUUCAUGUUCCCUGCUCACAUUGCCGAGGCGGAAUGGACCAAGGCAAAGAACGAGACGCCGCUCAAGCUGCAAGAUAAUCAGGGCCCUGAGGGCGAGUUGCGCUUGCCGAUGCCCGUCGAGGAGGCAAUCGUCGCAGCGAACAUCUCAGAGCACGAGAGGUCCAUGGUGUUGGAGCCGAAGAAGAGGUGGGUCACAGGCGAGCAGCAGGUGGAGGAGGGGCGACCCAGCUUGGUCGAGGGCCGCGCGAGCUUCAACGACUCGAUGUUCGACGACGUGGGAGGAAGGGUCGUGAUCAACGCCAGCGCCGACAAAAAGCCGACGCAGAAGCAGGAGAAGGCGUGGGGCGAAAUCAAUCGCUUGAAGCUGCAGGAUUUCAUCAAGGAGAAGUCCAAGGAAGGCGUUGCCAAGAUCACGCAGGUCUUCUUAUCCUCGGAGAAGGCUUACAAUGAUGCAGCGCCGCGCAUCUUCGGUGAUGGCGCCGUCGAGAAUCAGCUCAGGUAUGUGGACGUGAUGUUGAAUCGCAUGGGCUUCUUGCGCUUCAUAUUUGCCCACCCGGGGAACGGGGAGAGCUUCGGGCUGAUGGUCCUCGACGGGGCAGGUAAGACCUCGCUCCAGGCUGCGGUGAAGGCGCUGGCCGCGGCGGGUGCGGCGCUGGAGGCGACGCCAGACCCAGACCCAAACACCAUGAAGAUCGUUCCAGCGGCGGACGUGCUGAAUAAGAUCAAGUUGGCGCAGCAGGCCUUGGCAAGCACAUCAACAACAGGACAGUGCCAGUCGCUCUUCACGAAAGCCGGGUGGGACAACACCAACGCGAAGUUCGGAGAUGGCAGCGGCUUCACUCAGAUGGAGUUCCAUCGGUUUGCACGAAGCGUCCGCGAGGUGCGGUACCAAUUCGAGACUACGCUGAAGGCCAACGACGAUCCGGGAGUGGGAAAGCUGGGUGGGGCCAUCGAUGCAGUGGACGAGGUCAUGAAGACUAAGACCUACACAGGGGCCAAGAUUGAAAAUAUUUCAGCCAUCAUGAACAGCGACGGGAUGCAGGAUAUCGUGAAGCAGUCCUUCGUCCAGUUCGCGCUCAAGUCCACGAGGUGGACAUCGGCCGAUGCAGAUGAUGGCGCCGUCAAGCUCGGUGGCCCGACUUCCCCCCUCUUCGAGAGCGGCAUAGUGCAAUUUAAGGAGUUGCUCAAGCUCUCGUUCUGCUCGCGCCUCAGCAAAUUCUGCUUGCUCUCUCUCUCAUCGCCGCGAAGAAAGAUCUGGGACUUGCCCGUGUUCUAUCGGUUUAACGAGGUCGACAUGAUGGCCAAGUACGCCACAGCGGAGGACCAGGGCCACGCCGUGAAGAAAGCAGUGACCGAUGCCACCGCCUUGAUUGCUAAGCUUACGAAGGUCUGCUGCGCUGGCAUCUCAGAGUGCCUGAACAACGUUUCAGGGUUUGACAAAAAGCAGGAGAAGGAGCGGGGGACUUUGAGGAAGCAGGCGGAUGCCGAGGCACUGAAGAAAUCGAAGGAGGAGGAAAAGAGAGCAAGUGCCGUGGCCAAGAAGAAGGCUCAGGAGCGCCAGAACAUCAAGCAAGCCGAGGUGGCGCUGCUAAACCAAGUGCAUGAAGUGAUUGAGGACAUCCGUAAGCACGACACCGAGGCAGAUGUGAAGGACGCGCUUACCACGAAGAGCAUCGAUACCAAUGUGGGCAUCCCGUACAUCGCAAUGAAGCACAACUGCAUGUCCAAGAUCGUACAAGAACGCUCGGUCAAAGCGGCAGUGGGAGUCUUCAAGAUCCAAUGCCCCAGCUCAGUGCAAGCCAGUAAAGAUGGCCGCGGGCAGACCCCGUUCGCCAACGAGCAGAAGGACCACAUCCGCAACGCCAUGCUCGUGACCGGACCAGGGACGACGAUCAAGUACAAGUCCACCAGAGCGAACGACCCGAACGCACUGGCCGUGAAGGCAGUCGAGUCGGUCAGCUUGUUCGCGUGCUCGUCGUGGGCUUCGUAUACGGGCUUGGAGAAGCAUGGCCUUGCGACGAUGCGUUGCACGAUCGCAGGCCAGCGCGAAUAUGCAGCGUUGUCGUGGACGGACCUGCUGGCCUACGCCACGAAAGUGGGCACGGAGAUGAAGGACUCCAGCACCAUCGAGGAGUUCACCCAGGGGAUCGUCAACUCUUUGAACUCCAAGGAAAGCCUCGACGUGUACAAAGAGGCUGGCGGGAAGAUCUACAGAGGCAUCGCUGGCCCAGAAUCCACUUCCUUCUUGCCGAUGGGGUGCAUCAUCGUUGAGCGCACGCUCGGCGAUUCCAAUGUCAUCGGCUUCCGCACAGGCUCGCUGUAUUCGUCCACGGCCCCCAUGGAGUCAUUCAAGUCCUACGCCGAGUGCUACAAGAACGUCCAUGGAGUUGAAAAUCCAGUGUCGAAGUUCUGGUCGAUGUUGCAGGGCAUGAUUGAGCCCAGUGCGUAG